AGCAAAAGUAGUGGGGGUAAGUAAUUGAGUGGCAAAGUUUAGACAUUUUGACUAGGAAAUUCAGUGGAAGACAAACAAAAUACAUAAAAACAUAAAGCUUCAAGAUCCAUUAGCUACUAAUUUACUCUACCCAUUAGGAAAUUGGACAAACAAAAAGAAAAAAGAAUGAUGGAUAUCGCCAUCGGAUAUAACGUGGGAGAAAUUUCCGAGAUAUUUGACUGUUUCUUCUGCAGCCAAAGUUCUUUUCUGGAUAUUUGUUAUAUAUAUAUGUAUAUAUACUCCUUAAUCUUUCCCAAAACGGUUAAUAUCCACAUAUGAUAAAUCCUCCAUCAGAUAGAAACUAGAGAAUCAUAUUCUUUAAAUCCUGCUGCUGUUCUUUUAUAAUUCUUUGAAUUCUUGAUUUAUUUUAAGAGAAGCGACUGCGAAGAUAAAGUGUGCGAGUGGUGGUUGGUUUCUUUAAUUCUAUGAGAAGAUGAAAUUCUGCAAGACAUAUCAGGAGUAUAUGCAAAACCAAGAAAAAGAAUUACCUGGACUUGGUUUCAAGAAACUUAAAAAGAUUCUAAAGAAAUGUAGGAAAGACUUAGAAUCCCAUCAGCAACUUGAUAAUAAUGGAUCCCCUUCUGCUCAUGUACAGCACUGUCCUCAUCAUUGCCCAGUUUGCGAUGGAACCUUCUUCCCUUCACUUCUCAAUGAAAUGUCUGCUAUUGUGGGCUGCUUUAAUGAGCGAGCUCAGAAAUUGCUUGAGCUGCACUUAGCUUCUGGAGUUCGGAAAUACUUUAUGUGGUUCAAAGGCAAGUUGAAAGGAAACCAUGUUGCUUUGAUGCAAGAAGGCAAGGAUCUGGUCACCUAUGCACUCAUAAAUUCCAUUGCAGUUCGGAAAAUUCUUAAGAAAUAUGAUAAGAUUCAUUACUCCAACCAAGGACAGGCCUUUAGGUCACAAGCACAAAGUAUGCAUAUUGAGAUUCUUCAAUCCCCAUGGCUCUGUGAGCUUAUGGCUUUCCACAUCAAUUUAAGGGAAACAAAGAUCAAGUCAAGGACGAAGGUUCCUGCCUUGUUCGACGGGUGCUCCCUGACAUUUGAUGAUGAUGACAAACCAUCACUUUCCUGUGAGCUCUUUGAUUCCGUCAAGCUUGAUAUAGAUUUGACUUGUUCAAUAUGCUUGGAUACAGUAUUCGACCCAGUUUCUCUGACAUGUGGCCAUAUAUUCUGCUAUAUGUGUGCUUGCUCUGCUGCUUCAGUAACUAUUGUUGACGGACUAAGGGCAGCAGAGCCUAAAGAAAAAUGCCCUUUGUGCCGGGAGGCUGGAGUUAAUGAAGGUGCUGUACACUUGGAAGAGCUUAAUAUUUUACUAAGUCGAAGUUGCCCUGAAUAUUGGGAGCAGCGGCUGCAGUCAGAAAGAGUUGAGAGAAUUCGACAGGCAAAGGAGCACUGGGAAUUCCAGUGUCGGGCAUUCAUGGGUGUCUAGAUACUUCACCUUUGAUGUUAGAUUUAGAUUUAAUAAUUUCAUUUGCAGGUCUUCUUAUAAAUCAGCCUCUUUUCUCUCCUUUAGGGUAUUUUAGAAAGGGUGUGCGGGUGGAUGUUGCGCUCUUUGGUACGUUGCUCGAGUUACAAAAAAAUUGUAUAGCCUUUUUUUGUGAGAGGUGUUGGUGUUGGUUGACAUAAAUGGAAUGUGUUGUAUGUAAAUAUUGGUUAACAAAGCAAUUUUCUUGAAGACCAAAAGAUGUAAAACCUAAUUGAUAUGGCAUUUGAACGUUUUCCCCA